UAGAAUCUUCGCGUUCAAUCCCCGCUUUCAACACAAAAGCCACUUUCUCUCUCUCUCUCUCUCUCUCUCUCUCUCUCUCUCUCUCUCCAUAUUUACAAACAUAUAUAGAUCUGCACUAUUUCUCAUAUCUAUGAUUUUUGGUCAGUUUUAAUUAAAUUAUCUAUCAGCAUUUUGUUGGGAGAUCUAAUCUUGAGACUGAAGGGAUCGAAAAUGGGUUCAAUUCCACCUGAACUUAGCUUAGAGGUGAGACCAACUUAUAUUCCCAAAAGGAUCAGUGAGUUUAUCGGAGAAGUUUCGAUGAUGGGUAAUGUAUCAGAGAGGUUAAUGAAGGUUGAUGAUUUUGUGAAGAGAUUGGAAGACGAAAUGAAGAAGAUCGAUGCGUUUAAACGCGAACUUCCUCUUUGCAUGCUUCUUCUCAACGAUGCGAUUAUGGCUUUAAAGGAGGGAACAGUUAAGUGUGGAAAAUCAAAUGCUGAACCAGUAUUGGAGGAAUUCAUACCACUAAAGAAGAGUUCUGACGAAGAUGAAAAAUGUGAGGUUAGGAAGGAAGAUGACAGUAGAGAUAAGAAGAACUGGCUGAGCUCUGUGCAGCUCUGGAACAGUGAUCAUCAUCCAAGUACCAAUUUCAAAUACAAUCAAACACAGAAUUCAACCCUUGAAAUUAAAAAGAGAGCUGAGGAAGAAGUAAGUCGACCCAUUUCAAAUGAUUCAUAUCAGUCCUGCAAGAACAGGUCUGGAGGAAGAGGGUCGAUGCCAUUUAUGGAGUACUCUGGUUUUUCUAUGGGUGUGACAAGGAAGGAAGAUAAGGAGGAAUUACCAAUUGCUGGGCUUUCCUUUGUCACUCCUGGAAUUAAGAAUUUGAGGGAAGGAUUAGGCUCCAGUUGUUUGAGUUCAAAAAUAAGGGUUUGUGGAACAGGUUCCCCUUCUGCCCCUAGUAUUCAAUCAAAUUUACGGACUGAUGCACAACCAUCGCAGCAGCAGACUGCAAGGAAACAGAGAAGAUGCUGGUCACCUGAGUUGCAUCGACGCUUUGUCAAUGCCCUGCAACAGCUUGGGGGUUCACAAGUGGCUACCCCUAAGCAGAUUAGAGAGCUCAUGCAGGUUGAUGGUCUUACAAACGACGAAGUGAAGAGUCAUUUGCAAGUUGGAUUUUGAACUUUCAUAUCGUCUUUUAUGUUUCAUAUUCCUAUUCAUUUGAAGUUAGCUUAUGAGCUGAUGCUAAAUUUUUUCUAUGAUUGCAGAAAUACCGGCUUCAUACUCGAAGAUUUCCAGCUAUUGCUUCUGUCCCUGCAAAUAAAUCUGUCGUCGUGUUGGAAGGUUUAUGGAUGCCUCAAGAUCAGUAUGGUGAAUCCUCAAAGCAGAGCAAUUCCCACUCUGAUUCUCCCCAGGGUCCCCUGCAGUUAAAUGGAAACUCUAGGGGGACUUCCACCACAGGUGGUGAUAGUAUGGAAGAUGAAGAAGAUGAGAAGUCAGAGAGCCAUAGCUGGAAAACUCACAUUCAUACAUCUAGAAAUGAUGAUGUAUAGAAUAUAUACCCCAUGAAUUUUGCAGAUAAAAGUAUACAUGGGAGGACUAUUUACUAUAAGAAUAAUACAUAUACAUGGAGAGAUGGGUCUCGAGUGAGGAUGUGAAAAUUUUGCAGUGUUAGUUCUCUUUCCAUCUGUGUAUUUUUAGAGUUAAUAGUUUUUCAUUGGUUUUGGUUGGAUCCAUCUGUGUUUGAAUGAAGAAACAGGAUAAGAUUUGUGGCUCUAUGAGAACUACAACUUACAAUCAUGUCUCUGAGAAUUCUUAUGUUCAUUUUCUUGAAGCUGGGGUCUGGAAUCGUUGGACAUCUAUGUGGUCCCUUCAAGUUAUUUAUGUUCAACAGUGUUUCUUGUGGAUGUAGGUUG